AUGGCUAAUACCAUCGAUAAUGUAAAUAGCACGCUUGAAGUUAUUGAACAUUUCUACAAAAACUAUAAUCUCGGCGAUGUCAGCAAGAUCCCGAAAAUCACCAACAUAAUCGAUGCCAAUCUUAGGCAAAUUAAAUCCUCGCUAGCGGGUUCGAUAUCGGUUGGAGAUAAACGGCACCUUGCAGCUAUGGCUGGAAAAAUGGAACGUUACAAGGUGCUUAUUGGUCAACUGGGGAAAUCUAUAGCCGGCUCCUCCUUGGCUAGAAGACCCUUGGUGGAAUGGAGGGAUCUAGCGACCGCAUUCAAGACACGUGUGAGUACCGGGAUUCUUGUUAACCUAGGACAUAAGACUUUAGGGCCAUUUUUUCAUGAUAGUUGUAAGUUAUUUAUUAGUAAGAUUAGAGGUAUAUUUCCUAGAUAUAAUAGUCCGCUAAAAACAAAUUUUGAGUUUUGCGCGGAAUUUGUAAAACCCGCGAUAAAUAAAAAUAAUGAAGUAUUAGCAUGUAGGGAAUUUAGUUUUUUAACAAAGAAUUUUAAUAUCUUAUCCGGGGAUUUAAAUGAGGCUAGCUUAAAACAAUUAUUUAAUAGUAACGUAGUAGACUAUCUGAUGGAUCGAUUAAUGCAAUUCGAGGAGCAAGAUAGUGGUUGGGCACUAUCCAAGAUAAUUUCGUUAACUGUGAACGUAAACAGCGUGACAUUGUUGCAUGCGUCAUCGUUUAUAGAAUUACCGAAAGAAAUUAAAGCUAAAAAAGCGGUCAUCAAUGUUAAAAAUAAUGAUGAGGCGUGUUUUGGGUGGGCGUUGUCAUCAGCCCUUUUCCCCCCUGCUCGAGAUAGCGAUCGCGUAUCAUCAUAUCCAUAUUAUGCGCAAAUUUUAAAUUUUGAUGGUAUUAGUUUCCCCAUGUCUUUAGAUCAGUUACCAAAAUUUUUAAAACAAAAUCCAAAUUUAUCCAUUAAUAUUUACGGCCUUAUUAGGAAAACAAAAUCCGAUUAUGCCACCGUUCCCAUUUAUUUAACCGAUGAAAAGAAAGCUAAUCACGUAAAUGUACUUAUGAUCCAGCAGAACUAUGAAAUCGAAAAGGAUAUUGAAAGUAAUGAUACCGUUCUCAAUAAUGAUGAGGUCGACGAAUCAGUUCGAUUUCAUUUUUGCUGGAUCAAAGAUUUGUUGAGAUUGGUACGUUCACAGUUGACGAAAAAUUGUAGAAAAUUGCAUAUUUGCGAUAGGUGUCUCCACUAUUUUAAUUCAAUAGAUAAACUUAGGGUUCAUGAGUUAGAUUGUAAGUUAGUUAAUAAGUGUAAGAUAAACAUGCCAAAGCCCGGUUCACGUGUAUAUUUCAAGAAUCACGAAUUCAAACAAACCUCCCCUUUCAUCGUUUAUUGUGAUUUAGAAUGUUUGGUGAAAGAUUUUCAGGAUGAUGAGACGCAAAACACCGUGAAAUAUAAGCAGCAUGACGUAUGUAGCAUUGCAUAUUAUCUACAUUGCACCUUUGACAAUUCAUUGUCGAGGUUCCGACUGCAAAGGGGCGAGCAAUGUAUUAAUUGGUUUACCAGUGAACUGGAGGAAAUUUCAAACAAUUUACAACAAUAUUUUAUCAAUCCAGUACAAAUGGAACAGUUAAGUGAUCUGCAAAUGUUAGGAUAUAAUGCAUCCACUCAUUGUCACAUCUGCGAAGAGCCCUUUUUAGAGACCCACGUUAAAGUACGCGAUCAUUGUCACUUUACGGGGCGUUUUCGCGGCAGCACUCACCAGUCGUGUAAUCUACGUUAUAAAGUGCCCCAUAUGAUACCCGUAUUUUUCCAUAAUUUUAGUGGAUACGACAGUCACUUCAUUAUAAAGGAUAUUGCGCAAGCUAUUCCGGGUAAAGUCAAGCUGUUACCUAAGAAUAAAGAAAGAUACAUUUCGUUUACUAAGAAAAUGGAAAAUGCGGAUGUCGAAUUCAGAUUCGUAGAUUCAUAUCGUUUCAUGAGCGAAUCAUUAGAUAAUCUAGCGUCCUAUUUAAAGUUUGACGAUUUCAAAAUUUUGCGCAGCACGUUAAGCCAUUUAAAUGACGAACAGCUGAAACUUUUAACUAAAAAGGGUGUAUAUCCGUAUGAAUAUAUGUGUAGUUGGGAUAAAUUUAUGGAAAAAGAUUUACCGGAAAAGACAAAAUUUUACAGCAAGCUGAAGCAAUCUCAUAUUUCAGAUCAAGAAUAUUCGCAUGCUCGAAACGUUUGGCGUAAAUUUGAUAUUCAAAAUUUAGGUCAAUAUAGCGAUCUUUAUCUAAUGAGCGAUGUGCUUCUACUUGCUGAUGUAUUCACCAACUUUAGAGAAAAAUGCAUAACAACGCAUAAACUCGAUCCAGCAUUCUUUUUCACAGCGCCCGGAUACACAUGGCAAUGCAUGCUGAAUUACACCAAAGUUAAACUCGAGCUGCUCACAGAUGUUGAUAUGAUGUUGUUUGUUGAAAAAGGUAUAAGAGGAGGCAUAACGCAAUGUUGUACAAAAUACAGCAAGGCUAACCAUAAAUAUUUGGAUGAAAAGAAUUUUGAUCCUAGUAAACCCUCUACUCAUAUCAUGUAUAUGGAUAUGGUUAAUUUAUAUGGUUGGGCUCAAAGCCAAUGUUUACCUCUAAACAACUUUAAGUGGCUUAGCGAGUCUAAAUUAAAGUCAUUAACUCCUGAAGCGAUAUUGAAUAUAUCCGAUAAUGCGGAUGAAGGUCUUAUUUUAGAAGUGGAUUUAUCAUAUCCUCAGCAUUUGCACGAUCGGCAUAAAUCAAUUCCGUUUUGCGUUGAACAUGGCACUCCGCCGGGUAGUAAAAAUAAGAAGUUGCUCGCAACUUUGCAUCCAAAGACUAGAUACGUAAUUCACUACCGAAAUUUAAAACAAUGUCUUCAAGCAGGUCUUGUGCUUGAAAAAGUUCAUCGCGCGAUAACUUUCAACCAGUCUUGUUGGUUAAAACCGUAUAUAGACUUGAAUGCACGGUUGCGAGCACAAGCCGCUAACCCCUUCGAAAAGAAUCUCUAUAAAUUAUUAAAUAACGCUAAUUUUGGAAAAACGAUGGAGAAUGUGCGGAACCAUCGCAUUAUUAAACUCGUUACUCGGUGGAGCGGAAGGUACGGAGCCAAUUACUACAUAUCUCAGCCCAAUUUUCAUAGCAGGGAAAUCUUCGAUGAUGAAUUACUAGCUAUCGAGUUAUCAAAAACCGAAAUUUUGUUUAAUAAGCCGCUAUAUGUUGGGAUGGCAAUUUUGGAGAUUUCUAAAACUAGAAUGUACGAUUUUCAUUAUAACUUUAUGCAGCAUCAAUUUAGCGACGACCGCUUAAAAUUGUUGUACAUGGAUACCGAUAGUUUAGUGUAUGAGAUGUUAUGUGAUGAUGCAUACGAUUUGAUACGCGCAAAUAUUUCUCGAUUCGAUACGUCUGAUUAUUCUGAAAAUAACAUCUAUAACAUUCCAAGAUGUAAUGGUAAAGUUUUAGGAAUGAUGAAGGAUGAAUUGGGCGGUAGAAUCAUAACCGAUUGGGUGGCUUUGGCUUCUAAAAUGUAUAGUUUUAAAAUUAAGGAUAGUGAUAAGGAUGUAAUGAAAUUAAAAGGCGUUAGAGAUUAUAUUGUAAAAAAUAGAUUAACUUUUGAUGAUUAUUUAGAAUGUUUAAGGAGCGGGAUUACUAAAAGUGUCGCCCAAAGCAGCAUCGUAUCAAAGAAUCACCAUGUAUAUAGUAUGGAGCAAAAGAAAGUUGCCUUAAGUAAUAAGGACGAUAAGAGGUAUUUAACCUCAAAUGGUAUUGAUACGUUGCCUUGGGGACAUUAUAGUAUUCCCGCUGAAAUGGAUUUAGGAUAAGAAAAUAUAUCGA